AAAGAAUGUCGCCUUUUGGUUUCUUUAUCUGUUUUUGUCACCUAUGUUUUCUUUCUGUAUUUUGUAAAAAGACUAAUAAACAGAACGUGGACAUACUGGAGGAUGAUCCUGAAAAUGCCAACAAAGUGAUUCCAUUUCCGGAGAGUUUCACCAGACUUGUGAACGAGCACAUAAGGGAUUCCCUGAAUGCCCUCUCGGUUCAAGAAGCAUCGCGUUAUACAAUAGACUGCAGUAAUUACGUCACAGAUAAGAUAAUAAGUAAUUUUAGGCAGUCAAAAUUUCGAUGGGUCCAUAAUGGAAUGCGGCUUUCAACUGAUAGAGGAAGAAUUGUGCAUAAAAAGGGUGAACUAACUUUUAGAAAGAUACUGUUGAAGGAUGGCGGCACGUAUCUUUGUCAAAUAGAAUAUCAGCCAUAUUUAGUAAAGACAGUAGGCGUGUAUUCACUGAUGGUCAAACCACUCAGGCCACGCCCUAGAAUCGUCAAGUAUGGCAAAAGAUUCUGUGUGCAGUGUAACAGUGCGGGUAUUGGACACGCGUAUCUGUAUACAAAACGUAACUGGAUCAUUAACAACUCGUAUACUGUGUUUCCAAACGGUAUCCCGGCGACCUCUAUCUUCGAAGACUGUGUAGAUUUCGCGCUGCCCAAAAUGACUGGCUUUUGGAAGUGUGUGACGUCUCAAGAAUAUUCAACAAGGGAAUGGACAACUGCUUACUUCCAAAUACAAGUGACCCGAGAGCCCUCUUUUUUAGGGAAAAUUGAGAACUUUAUGAAAGAUAAUUGGAUUCAUUUUCUUUUGAUUUUUCUUGGCAUUGGUUUGUUUCUUGUGUCGUUUUUGGUUGCGAAAUUCAAGAAAGGGGUAUUUUUGAAAGGUGAAAGUGCAGAAAAAACACCGUUGGCGAUUACAGAAGAGGAACCCCAGCCAGAAAAUGAACCACUUACAGCUGAAAAUAAUAGUGAAAACGAAAUGUACUUUGAUGAGCAAGAAAACUAAACCAAAGUGAACUUAUACAAAUAAGGAUCAUCUUUUUCACAGCAGAAAAAAUAAAGUAUAUAAAUUUGA